AUGAUCCUGGAAUCCUCUGUGUCUAAGUCAUGCUCUCAGGUUCUGCUGUCCAGCCUGCUCUGCUCUGCUGUUGUCUCUGUUCCUUCCUGUCUCUCUGCAGGGUCAGGGAAGUCCUUCUCCAUGAUGGGGAAUAAGAAGGCUCCAGGGCUGAUCCCCAGGCUGUGCUGCUCCCUGUUUGAGAGGAUCGGCCGGGAGGACAGCCAGGGUCUCUCCUUCAAGGUGGAGGUCUCCUACAUGGAGAUAUACAACGAGAAGGUCCGUGACCUGCUGGACCCUAAAGGGAGUCGUCAGUCUCUGAAGGUCAGAGAGCACAAGGUUCUGGGUCCGUAUGUGGACGGUCUGUCACAACUGGCGGUCACCAACUUUGAGGACAUUGAGGUGUUGAUGUCGGAGGGGAAUAAGUCGAGGACGGUGGCGGCCACCAAUAUGAAUGAGGAGAGCAGUCGUUCCCACGCCGUUUUCAGCAUCAUCGUCACACAGACACUCUACGACCUGAAGUCUGGGAACUCAGGGGAGAAGGUGAGCAAGAUGAGCCUGGUGGAUCUGGCUGGUAGUGAGCGUGUAUCUAAAACUGGAGCUGCAGGGGAGAGGCUGAAGGAGGGCAGCAACAUCAACAGGUCUCUUACCACACUGGGCUGUGUGAUCUCUGCGCUGGCGGACCAGUCUGCAGGGAAAGGGGGGAAGAAUAAGUUUGUUCCUUACAGAGACUCUGUCCUCACCUGGCUUCUCAAGGACAACCUGGGUGGCAACAGUAAGACGUGUAUGAUCGCCACGGUGAGCCCAGCAGCUGAUAACUACGAGGAGACGUUGUCCACGCUGCGUUACGCAGACCGCGCCAAGAGGAUCGUCAACCACGCCGUGGUCAAUGAAGACCCCAACGCACGCAUCAUCAGAGAGCUCCGGGAGGAAGUGGAGAAACUCAGAGUACAGCUCUCUCAGGCUGAGUCUCUAAAGGCUCCAGAGCUGAAGGAGAGGCUUCAGGAGUCAGAGAAGCUGAUCCAGGAGAUGACCGUUACCUGGGAGCAGAAACUACGCAACACAGAGGAGAUUGCUACGGAGCGUCAGCAGCAGCUAGAGAGUAUGGGGAUCUCCCUGGAGACGUCUGGGAUCAAAGUUGGAGAUGACAAGUGUUUCCUGGUCAACCUGAAUGCAGACCCCGCCCUCAAUGAGCUGCUGGUCUACUACCUAAAGGAACACACGCGUGUGGGUGCAGACACCUCUCAGGACAUCCAGCUCUUUGGGAUUGGUAUCCAGUCAGAACACUGUGUGUUGGAGAUCAGCCCAGACGGGGGGGAGGUCACCCUCACCCCUAUAGAGAAUGCCAGAACCUGUGUGAAUGGAACCAUGACUGAGUCCUUGGUCCACCUGUGGCAUGGAGACCGCAUAUUGUGGGGCAACAACCACUUCUUCAGAAUAAACCUGCCUGGGCGGAAGCGGCGUGAGCGUCUGAAGGAGCUGGAGAGGGCGUCCCCCAGGGAGAGCUAUGUAGAGGCAGACGUAGAGACAGGCAGCGAGGCCUCCUCAGAACAGGACUACAGCUAUGAGUUCGCCCAGACGGAGGUCAUGAUGAAGACCCUGGGAAACAACGAUCCCAUGCAGAACGUGGUCCAGGUUUUAGAGAAGCAGUACCUGGAGGAGAAACGCACAGCGCUGGAGGAACAGAGGAUGAUGUAUGAGAGAGAGCUGGAGUCACUACGGCAACAGCUGUCUCCUGAGAGGACCAAUCAGCAUCAGCGAUCCAGCAGCGACCGCCUCACCUUCCCCACACACACACCAUCACACCACAGCAAGAUACGCCCCUGGACUGUGGAGAGGGACGAGCUAUUUCGUCAGAGUCUGUCCAGGCUGAGGGAGCAGGUUGUCAAGGCCAACACCCUGGUGAGAGAGGCCAACUUCCUGGCAAAGGAGAUGAACAAACUGACUGACUACCAGGUCACCCUCCAGAUCCCUGCAGCUAACCUCAGUGCCAAUCGCAAGCGUGGAGCCAUAGUGAGUGAACCAGCCAUCCUGGUGAGGUGGAAAGGGAAGGGGACACAGGUCUGGACCAUCGACAAGCUGGACAACAAACUAGUGGACAUGAGAGACCACUACAGAGACUGGAAGGAGGGAGCUGAGGACACGCACACCAAGCUGAACAACCACAAGCAGCACAGUGAGUCCUUCUAUGAAGCUCAGGAGAACCACAACCUGAUAGGAGUGGCCAACGUCUUUCUGGAGUGUCUGUUCCAUGAUAUCAGACUACAGUACGCAGUUCCUAUCAUCAGCCAGCAGGGGGAGGUAGCCGGCAGGCUCCACGUAGAGCUGGCGCGUGUCAGCGGGACGGUGCCGGAGCAGCUGGAGGGGGGAGAUGACUCGUCAGAGAACUCCAGUGAGAGCAGCAUCUACGAUGUGAUGGACACUCAGGGAGAGAUGGUCCACAUGGCCAGGAAACUCACCUGCAGGGUGCGUAUCAGGGAGGCCACGGGGCUGCCUCUCAACCUGUCCAACUUCGUCUUCUGCCAGUACACCUUCUGGGAGGGGGCGGAGCCUACGGUGGCCCCGCCCAUGGUCAGCCCAGACACGCCAACCACGCCCCGCACCCCCGACGCCCAGUUCACCGUCCGCUUCGACCACUGCAAGGAGUGUGUGGUCCAUGUGACAGAGGAGUUUUUAGAGUUCAUCGCAGACGGGGCGCUGGCCAUCGAGGUGUGGGGUCACCGCUGUGCCGGGAACGGACGCUCUCUCUGGGAGCUGGACGCCCUGCUGGCCAAGACACGCACCCUACGAGACAGGUGGAGUGAGGUGUCUCGUCGUAUUGAGCUGUGGGUUUCUAUCCAGGAGCUGAAUGAGCAGGGGGACUACUCUGAUGUAGAGAUGCAUCCUGGGAAGGACAUCGGUACUGGAGGAGUGUUCCAGCUCAGACAGGGUCACUCACGCAGGCUGCAGGUGUGUGUGAAGCAGGUGCAGGACUCUGGGACUCUGCCUCUGCUGGUGGAGUCUGUUCUGUCUGUCUCUAUCGGCUGUGUGUCAGCACGCUCCACCAAGCUACAGAGAGCCCUGGACAGCUACCAGAGGGAGGAGGAGGAUGGAGAUAUGGAUAGUUAUCAGGAGGAGGACCUGAACUGUGUGAGGGACCGCUGGUCUGAGGCCCUCAUCAAACGACGAGAGUAUCUGGACGAGCAGAUCAACAAGAUCAUCAACAAACAGGAGAAGUCAGAAGAGGACAUGGAGAGGGAGGCCAGGCUGGUGGAACAGUGGGUAGGGCUGACCGAGGAAAGGAACGCUGUACUGGUGCCCGCUCCUGGCAGUGGCGUACCUGGUGCCCCUGCCCACUGGGCCCCCUCUGCUGGGAUGGAAGCUCACUUCCCUGUCCUCUUCCUGGACCUGAAUGCAGACGACCUGACAGUGAAUCAACAGUUAACGGGACCCAGCGCUGCCGGGGUUAACUCUAUCCUGCCCAAGGAGCACGGCAGACCGUUUUUCUACCUGCCAAUCAUCAGACACAGUGAUGACGAGGUGUCAGCGCUGUGCUCCUGGGACUCAUCCAUCCACGACUCUGUGCACCUGAACCGCGUGACGUCACCCAACGAGCGUAUCUACGUGAUCAUUAAAGCCACGGUGCAGCUCAGCCAUCCUGUCUCCAUGGAACUGGUGCUGCGCAAGAGGAUCUCUGUCAACAUCUACAACAAACAGAGCUUCACCCAGAGUCUGAAGAGAAGGAUGUCCUUGAAGAACACACUGUACUCCUGUGGAGUCACCUAUGAGAUUCUGUCAAAUAUACCAAAGGCCUCUGAGGAGCCUGAGGAGAGAGAGACUCUGGCCCUGAUGGCAGCGAGGGGAGACGGUGAGGAGAGUCAGGGUGGACAGACCUACAUAGAGCAAUACACCAGAGGACUUCUGGAGGUGGAGAAUAUACUGAGCCUGGAGAGACUCAGACAGGCGGUGACGGUGAAGGAAGCUCUGUCUGUUAAAGGGAGAAACAUCAGAAGGAGCUUCAGCACCCCCAACGUACAGCAUACUUCCUGCAGCAAAACAGACCUGAUUGGCUGGGAGGAUGUAGACUGGAAGGACCAUUGUGACCCUCAUCAGGAUGUCUCUGACUGCACUCCCCAGGACGGUGGUUCUCUGUGUGGGACGCCACUCAGAAACAAGACAGAGAAUCAUGGUCUGGUACCAGAGAGCCCCACCUUCUUCAACUCCAGCCCGUUCAAGGCCCUCUCUCCCCAGACGCCCAAGUUCCUCAAGUCUCUGCUGUCGGUCAGAGAGGAGAGCAAGACCAAGAGAGUCCUGGAGGCACGACCACUACUGGGACAGGAGAGCAUGCGCUCCUCAUGUGUGGACAGCUCUGUGCUGCUCCCCCCUCCCUGCCACGGCCAAGCCCCCUGGCGCAGGCCCAGAGCAGGCAGCGAGGGCCACCGCAGCCCCUCCACCGCCACCCUCACCCCCUCCACCCUCACCCUCAGUACCUGCACCAGCAGGAAGCUCAGCCUUACACUGCCACACACCGCUGACUCUGAGGAGGAGACAGACAUGGCCCUGAGUUUGGGUCUGGGCCCUCAGGACUUCCACAGCUUCCAGUCCUACAUCCCAGAGGACUUUGCCAACUUUGAGGUGUACAACGCUGCCCUGGAGAGCCAGGAGGGGGGGGCGGGGGGCAGGGGAGAGCUGAGGGGGGGUCGGGGAGGUGGUGGAGGGGUGGAAAGAGAGGGGGCUCCCCGGAGCCCCACCGCCAGCAGCUGCACCAGCGGUUACUUCUCCCACAGUGCCUCAGACGCCACGCUCUCUGACGUGCCAUUCGGGGCCAGCGACAGCUCCGACCAGCUCAGCGCCUCCGCAGUGGCUCAAGACAGAAAUGACCCUGACCGGGAAACCCACAACCUCCACCCCCACGAGUCCCCCUCCUUCCACUGCACCAGCACGGCCCGAGGCUGUGUCCAGACCAGAAGUGUCUCGCCGUGGGGUGACACCCAGACCCCUGCGUGUCCCCCCGGCGUCCCCUCCCAGCCCCUCCCCACCACCUCCCCCUCCUCCCCUGUCAGUAUUCCUAACUGCUCAGAGCAGCCACCCUCCCCCUCCUCCCCUGUCAGUAUUCCUAACUGCUCAGAGCAGCCACCCUCCCCCUCCUCCCCUGUCAGUAUUCCUAACUGCUCAGAGCAGCCACCCUCCCCCUCCUCCCCUGUCAGUAUUCCUAACUGCUCAGAGCAGCCACCCUCCCCCUCCUCCCCUGUCAGUAUUCCUAACUGCUCAGAGCAGCCACCCUCCCCCUCCUCCCCUGUCAGUAUUCCUAACUGCUCAGAGCAGCCACCCUCCCCCUCCUCCCCUGUCAGUAUUCCUAACUGCUCAGAGCAGCCACCCUCCCCCUCCUCCCCUGUCAGUAUUCCUAACUGCUCAGAGCAGCCACCCUCCCCCUCCUCCCCUGUCAGUAUUCCUAACUGCUCAGAGCAGCCACCCUCCCCCUCCUCCCCUGUCAGUAUUCCUAACUGCUCAGAGCAGCCACCCUCCCCGCGGCCCCGCAGGUGUGUCCUCAGCAUCAGCCAGGAGUUUACAGACUUCAAGGGGGCCGACAGCAUGGAGGAUCUGGGUGAGCUGGGACACUUCCAGUCUGGGGAUGCACCACACAUAUCCCCUGUCCCAGCGGAGGAGGAGAAAGGGGGCUCUGGCAGCAGGCACCAGACCUCUGACAAAGACCUGGUCGUCAUCAACACACAACAACAACAACAUAAAUCUCACCCCGAUAACGCCCGGCUCCCUCAGCCCCACUCACACCUCCACAACGGCAAACAGUGUAUCGGCAGCGCAGCCGUGCCCUGCCCACCACCCUCCAGCCCGCCAGGCCAGCUAGCAGGAGGAGAGCCCCAGAUCCAGGAGCCAAUCCAGGGAGACCUACCUCCAGGGAGCCCCUGUCCCAGCCCAAGCUGCCCGAGCCCCAACCCCAGCAGCACUGAGGCCUCUGGGGACUCCUGCAGCGGGGACGAGGGCCCUGGUUCUCCGGUGGCCCAGCUGCCUGACUGGAUGGCCCCCGGGGAGCAGGUAUGGGUGGGGAAGAGGGGCGGCACGGUGCACUACGUCGGAGGGGUGGAGUUCGCCAAGGGGAUCUGGGUCGGGGUACAGCUGGACCUGGCUGUGGGCAAGCACAACGGGACAGUCCAGGGGAGGGUUUACUUCCGCUGUCCUCCAGGCCACGGGGUGUUCGUCAAGCCCUCCUGUCUCACUAGAGGACCCCCCUCCAUGGACACCACAGACCCCCAGCCUCUGGUCCGAUAAAAUUCCCAGUCUUUCCAGGAAUCCCGGUUGGAAUGUUCCCAGAAUCAGGAGGGAAUAAGAAGGAACUCCAGAAUCCUCAAACCAGCAUUUCUGGAAAACCUGGGAAUUUGGGGAAAGGAACGUUCCACCCAGGACUAAUCAUCUAAAGGGGGUACCCAGAUCCAGAGCCGUUCCUACUAGACCAGGGCCAGAUCCAGAACAGUUCCUACUAGACCAGGCCCAGAUCCAGAACGGUUCCUACUAGACCAGGGCCAGAUCCAGAGCCGUUCCUACUAGACCAGGGCCAGAUCCAGAACAGUUUCUACUAGACCAGGGCCAGAUCCAGAACAGUUUCUACUAGACCAGGGCCAGAUCCAGAGCCGUUCCUACUAGACCAGGGCCAGAUCCAGAACAGUUUCUACUAGACCAGGGCCAGAUCCAGAGCCGUUCCUACUAGACCAGGGCCAGAUCCAGAACAGUUCCUACUAGACCAGGACCAGAUCCAGAACAGUUUCUACUAGACCAGGGCCAGAUCCAGAGCAGUUUCUACUAGACCAGGGCCAGAUCCAGAGCCGUUCCUACUAGACCAGGGCCAGAUCCAGAACAGUUCCUACUAGACCAGGGCCAGAUCCAGAACGGUCCCUACUAAACCAGGGCCAGAUUCAGAACAGUUCCUACUAGACCAGGGCCAGAUCCAGAACAGUUCCUACUAGACCAGGGCCAGAUCCAGAACAGUUCCUACUAGACCAGGGCCAGAUCCAGAACAGUUCCUACUAGACCAGGGCCAGAUCCAGAACAGUUCCUACUAGACCAGGCCCAGAUCCAGAACGGUUCCUACUAGACCAGGGCCAGAUCCAGAACAGUUCCUACUAGACCAGGGGCAGCUGUCAGCGCUCAACAGCUGAGCCCCAAAACCAGCUGUUCUUCUCUCAUUCUCACCCUCCCUCUGUUCCACUAGACUUCCGAUCAUGUGUCCUGUCUGUUGGUAUGAACGUCUGCUUCCCCUUUAACAUACCUGUCCCAUGCGUUUUAUGAAGGCAAAUCAUCGUUCAAUAUCCUUGUUCACUGAAAGUCAAACGCACACGUCCACCGUUUCUGCUGUGUUAUUUUAGCUAGAGAGCAUGUAGAUGGAUAGACAUGACCCAGGCCUGUUUAUCUGACGGUAGUGUCAUUGAAUCAGCUCAGCAGCUCAUAUUCCUGUUCAAACACCAGGUCUUCCCGGAGAGGUGACAGAGAGUUGUCAUCUGGGGUGUGUGGAUCCAGAAUGGACUCGUGUUGAUGACUCACUGAUAUCCGGAUCGGUUAUCCAAGUCACUGUGAUAUGUCGUCAGGGGUUACCAAAGAACUAAGGUUUCAUAUCUGCUGUUUUAACUGGUGUGUGUGUG